CUUCGAACAUGAAGACGGGCAUAGUUUUGCUGUUGGUCUGUUCGUGUAUCUUCCUGGUCGAGGCCUUGUCUUCAAAUCACCUGAUUUACAGAUCUGCAUCUUACAAAGAAAGGAGCAUACUUGACUUCUUAGAAAAAGCUUUAUUUCAUAUCACCGGAGUAGACCCGGAAAUCUCGUACAAUGUGAGUCAGCUGAUCUCCACUAAAGGUUACCCUGUGGAGGAAUACACAGUCCAGACAGAGGAUGGGUAUUUACUGGGGGUACAGAGAAUUCCCCAUGGGGUCAACAAAACGGACAACUCCACUCGACCAGUCAUCUUCUUGCUGCACGGACUGCUGUGUUCAUCCACUAACUGGGUUACAAAUCUGGCCAAUGAAAGCUUAGGAUUUAUCCUGGCAGAUGCUGGAUUUGAUGUUUGGCUGGGAAAUGUACGUGGUAACACAUACGCCAAAAAACAUAUCCAUCUGGACCCAAACAGUGAAGAGUUCUGGAAGUUCAGCUGGGACGAGAUGGCACGCUAUGACCUGCCAGCCAUGCUGGAAUUUGCCCUGGCCAAAUCCGGCCAGUCCCAGCUGUAUUAUGUCGGCCAUUCCCAGGGAACACUCAUGGCUUUCUCACAGUUUUCCAGGGACCAAAACCUGGCUAAAAAGGUUCGUAAGUUCUUUGCUCUUGGCCCAGUGGCUACUGUGGGAGAUAUAGAAAGCCCUCUGAAGUUCUUGUCCAUUCUUCCAGAUCAUCUUCUGUAUUUCCUGUUGGGAAGGAGAGACUUUAUGCCUAGCAAUGAGAUAUUCAAACUGCUCGCUGGUACGCUUUGUAAAAAUCGCGAAACAGAACCAGUCUGUGCUAAUGUGCUCUUCCUCAUCUGUGGAUUUGACAAGAAGGAGUUGAAUGCUACCCGUAUGCCCGUGUACAUUGGCCACACUCCAGCAGGAACCUCCGUACAGAAUCUCGUCCAUUUCUCACAGAUGGUGAGAUCUAAGUUGUUCCAGAGUUAUGACUUUGGUUCAUCUGAAGAAAACCACAAACACUACAAUCAGAGCAUUCCCCCGCUACACCAUGUUGAGAAGAUGAAGACACCCACUGUUCUGUUCUGGGCUGGCAAGGACCUACUGGCUGAUCCAAAGGAUGUGAAAAUGCUGAUGGCCAGAAUCCCACACCUAGAGGCCAGUUUUGAGAUCCCGGAUUGGGACCACCUGGACUUCAUCUGGGGGAUGAAUGCUGCUCCAGUUGUCUAUGAUAAAAUCAUCAAAAUAAUCCAUGACAACCCUUAGUGUACAAGUCAAAAGAUCUUUCGGACGUAAAGACACAAAAGAUGAAGAUGUCUGCCACCAUUCCAAGAAGACUCAUUUCCUCUUACACAACUGCAGUAUUUACAAUUUUUAUGACAAGCCUUAUGCAUACACAUGUACAUGAAGAAGGUAUUUGUUUUUAUACACUAUAUUGUUUCUACAUGUAAUUUAGCUGACAUUCUCAGAACCUUUUAUCUCCUUUGGGAUACUGAAACUUUUAGCAUAAUACUAUAAUAUUUGUUUAAUGUAUGAAUGUAUAAACUGAAUAGUGCUGUAAUUGCGUAUACACUAUCAAAAUGUGAAAACAUUAUGAGGGUAGUACACAAACAUUGUAUUUUGUACAUUCUUACAAAUUCUUACAUUUUGUAAGUUGUAAUUCUUAAUUCAUUACAUUUUGCCAUAAUAUAUAUUGAAGCUAUGCACAAUGUUUUAUCAGUACAUGUAUCUACCAGUUGGACACUAAUAUAAUGUUCGGUUAGAAAUUCUCUUAAUUGAAAUUUUCACUCUUCAAGGAGCUGUUACAGUUUGAAUUUGGUUUGUUAAAAUACUUUGGUUGUUUCAAAAGUGAUAGUAAACCAUAUUGUGUUAACAUGACCAGUAUAAUAUUUACAGCAUAACUGGUGUGCACAGUUGACAAUUUGCCAUACUAUAUAUUUGCUAGUCAAACAGAUUUAACAUAAUUCUAUCAUUACCUCGGCCACAUGAGAUUUGCUUGCACCCCGCUGAAAAUGCCACAAUAUUGGGCAGACGAGCGUGAAAUACAGUCGUGCAUCUAUGUGAAGUUGAAACUUAAAAAUCGUGGAUGAAUCUUUGACCUUAAUUUACUUGCAAUUUCGAAUGUGAUGCUGUAUGGCGCUGUCGUGGAUGGGUAUUUUAAUGCUAAUCAAAAUAUGCCAAAUAAAAAGGUUGAUC